AUGGACCUUAUCACCAGUCCAUGCUGCUCUUUCCUUCGCUCCAUCCAUACCUUGAUUAUCCAGGAACUUGAACAGCUGAACGAUGACAAUGGUUUUAACAUGAUCAUCUUGGCCUGCAAUUUAGCGAACCUUUCGCUCCUAGAGACUCCUUCGACCACCACAUCUUCCAUAUUCCCCAACCUUAAGAAGCUAUGUAUAGACAGCACAAUCUUCCCUCUCAUUUCAGAGGAAAACUGGGCGAAUUUUCUCCUUUUUUUAUCCAGUCUGACUGGAAUGACGCAUUUAGCUUUCGAAUCGUGCUAUUUCCCUACCCUGGACCAUGUAAUCCGCAUUCUGUCGUCGUGCAGACUCUUGGAGUCUGUGUCUUUGGACUAUAACCAGUGUGAGGAAAGCCUGCCUCCAGAAGAAAUGACUCCAUCCUACCUCGGUGGACUCCCUGCUUCUUUAUCAUCAUUGCUGUUUACUGUUGGCUAUGAAGACAGUCUUAUUCUGCAAAUCAUCCCUAUUGCUGGUCCAUCACUGAAGCAUUUGAGUAUAUCUUUGAACCUUCCCAGUAUAACAGACAAUGAAGCAGCUUCGUUCUCUCGCAACACAAACCUCGAGUACAGCACAAACCUUGAAACCAUCAUAUUCCCAUUUGUCCCUAUAAGCAAUGACUUCGGUAUUGUGGUUUCUUGCACUCGACAUAUCCCUGAUAUCCUUCGAAAAGUCACAUCUUCAUCCAUCAAUGAAAUAACCUUGGCAGUCUGCAUAUUGUCUGCCACUGAUUUCAAUAACCUUGAUUGGGAGUCCAUCAUCGAAACCUUGAGUCGGGAGAACUACAGGAAUCUUGAGAGAUUCUCGGUUCUACAGGUAAUGAAAGAUAUAGAGGACGAGUCGAAGAAAUGCAUCGCUAAAGAGUUGAAGCCGGUGAUGAACAAGAAUCCAUCACUUGAGAUUGUAGUCAGCAGGAGGCCUAGCCAGUUCAUGGAAGCACGCUUUGGAUGGUGA